AUGGAAAAACAACAAAAGUGCUUCGCCACGGGCCACGGCAUCAUAUGCGCGGCGCUCCCCCGAUCCGGCACGGGAUCCCUCGCGGCGGCCCUCACGGCGCUCGGCCUCGGCCCCGUGCACCACGCGCUCUACAUCACGGACCGCCGAGAGUACUACGCCUGGGGCCAGGCCGCGUGGAGCAACAUGCCCUACUUCCGGACGGCGAGCCUGCGCGCGGCCAGGACGCUGCCGUUCUACAUCAGCGCCGUGGACGCCCUGCUCCCGUGGACGCGAGGGGACUGGGACAGGCUGAUUGGGGGCCAGAGGACCGUCACCGACGUGGCGAGCCUCUUCACCGAGCAGCUGAUCCGUGCGUACCCCGAGGCAAAGGUCAUCUUGGUCGAGCGGCCUGUCGAUGCGUGGAAGGCCAGUUUCGGGGAGGUUGUCCUGGACAAUUUCUGCUGCGGUGCUCGGGGAUUCUUGCUGGGCAGGCUGGGGCCCUGGGCCGGCCUGCCGGAGUUGUGCAUUCUGCGGGAUAUCGUCAUGGGCUGGUUGGGCGCCGAGACGGGGAGGGAGGCGUGGGCAAAGAUGGAUGCUGCGCACGCCGAGUACUACGCCAUGGUGAGGAGGGAGGUUCCGCGGGGGCAGGUGCUCGAGUUCAAGCCCGAGGACGGUUGGGGCCCGCUGUGCGAGUUUCUGGGUGUUCCUGUGCCUGAUGGUCCGUUUCCGAGGACGAACGACAGGGCUGAGAUGCUGGGCCUGCUGGAUCAGGCGUGGAGGAAGGUUGUGGUGACGGCGGCUGCGCGCUUGCGGCGGGGUGUGCUCUACUUGGGAUUGGUUGUUUUGGCUCUCGUCUUCUUCUGGCAAUGGGCUUGGGGGGGUGCUUGCGUCGGUGGUUGGGCUGGGUGUUGGAGAGAAGAGCUUUGA